UCAAAUGGUUUCCCUUCAAAAGGAUGUAAAUGUUAUAAAAAUUGAUGUGAUGAAAAAUCAAAAUUUAAUAGCAGAAGUAAUUGACAGACAAAACCACCAAACAACUCAAAAUCAAACAGUUGAAAACAUAACUCGGUCAAAUUUAAAAAUACCGUUACAGACCAUGGAACAACUUGACAGUCUUGAAGCCAAUGAAGAAUUUAAACAAAUCUUAGCUAAUGUUAUUCCCAGAAAUGGAAAGUCAUUUGACUCAAAAAGAACAACUUAUCAAAUAAUGAAGAUAGUUUUUGAAAAUCGCAUGGCUGAAGGAUUGAACAUGGAAGGAAGAGGAGAGAAGCGAGCACUUGGAAAAAUGGAAAUUUGUACAAUUAUAAUAGAUGCUGUGAAGUUCAUGUUUCCUGAAGAAUCACUGAAACUGAUUAAAAUACAUAUGGGUGAUUGGCUAAAGCAGGCUCCUAAGAGGAAAUCCCAAUAAUAAGAUUAUUGAUUUACAU